ACAAGAGCCUCGCGCUCGGGAGGUGCGCCAGGAUUUGAGGAGAGGAGAGCACGAGAAGACACCUCACACCUAGCUCCAUAAAACAUGCACAUCCUCGGGGUCCCGUUUGCGCUGCUUUGGCUUCUCUCGGGCUUCUCCUGCGCCCUCGGCGGGAAAGUCAACAAGCACAAGCCAUGGAUAGAGACCUCCUACCAUGGAGUGAUUACAGAGAACACGGACACGGUGCUGCUGGACCCUCCUCUGUUAGCUCUAGACAAGGAUGCUCCGGUUGCUUACGCUGGAGAGAUUUGUUCCUUUAGGAUCUUUGGACAGGAUGCUACUUUUGAGGCAGUGGUGUUGAAUCGCACAUCAGGAGAAGGGGUCCUUAGAGCCAGCAGCCAUGUGGACUGUGAGAACCAGAAGGAGUACACCUUUAUCAUCCAAGCUUACGACUGUGGUGCCGGGCCUAGUGGAGCUAACUGGAAAAAAUCUCACAAGGCUGUGGUUCACAUUCAGGUGGAUGAUGUCAACGAGUUCAGCCCUGUGUUCAGAGAGUCACUGUACAAAGCAUCAGUGACUGAAGGCAAGAUCUACGACAGCAUCUUACAGGUGGAAGCUUGGGACCAGGACUGUUCACCACAGUAUAGUCAGAUCUGCAACUAUGAAAUUGUCACUGGGGGAACACCAUUUGCCAUAGACCGCAAUGGUAACAUCAGAAACACAGAACGACUAAGUUAUGAAAAGCAGCAGAGCUACAGGAUUAUGGUGUCUGCCUUUGAUUGCGGUCAGAAGAAAGCCAAAGAAGAUGUGGUGGUACAUAUUGAAGUCAAGCCUAUCUGCAAACCUGGAUGGCAAGGCUGGAACAAGCGAGUGGACUAUGAGCCAGGGACUGGAAGCAAACAGCUCUUUCCCAAGAUGCACCUGGAAACGUGCGAAGGUCCCUUGUCGGGUGUAAAGGCCAUGGUGGAACUGCAGACGAAUCACAUCGGAAAGGGCUGUGACCGUGAAACUUACUCUGAAAAGUCUCUGCAGAAACUUUGUGGCGCAGCAUCAGGCAGCACCGACCUCCUUCCUGCCCCCAGCCCCUCCGCAAACUGGACAGCAUCUCUACUCACUGACAGUGAACGUGAGAGCGACCUCAUCUACAGGUUUGAUGGGUGGCAGGCUGCAAAUGUUCCAGAUCAUGUGGUGCCCCAGAAUCUGACGGACCAGUUCACCAUAGCAACAUGGAUGAAACACGGGCCGAGUCCAGGACUUAGAGCUGAAAAGGAAACCAUACUGUGCAACUCUGACAAGACAGAGAUGAACCGCCACCACUACUCUCUGUAUGUACACAACUGUCGCUUGGUGUUCCUGCUCAGAAGAGAUUUCACGCAGAUCGACACUUUCCGACCCGCUGAGUUCCACUGGAAACUGGAGCAGAUCUGUGAUAAGGAAUGGCACUACUAUGUGAUCAAUGCGGAGUUUCCUGCAGUGACGCUCUUCGUAGAUGGUGUGACCUAUGAGCCAUACCUUGUGACGGAUGAUUGGCCGAUCCAUUCCUCAAAGAUUGAUACACAGCUGACUGUGGGUGCCUGCUGGCAAGGCAGUGAAGUGGCAACGCCGAGGUUCACUCAGUAUUUCCAUGGCAGCCUCUCGGGUCUGACGAUUCGACCAGGCCGCAUUGAAACCCAGAAAGUUAUCUCCUGCUUGCAGGCUUGUAAAGAAGGCCUUGAUAUUAACUCCCUUGAAAGCCUUGCUAAGGAUAUAAAGUUUCAUUUUAACCCAGCCCAGUCAGUGUUGGUGGUGGAAGGAGAGGACGUGGACAGCAUCAAUACAGCCAUGACCAAAGUUUCCUACAUCAACUCUCGCCAGUUCCCUACACCGGGCCUCAGACGGCUUCACAUCUCUACAUCUGUACAGUGUUUUGGAGAGGACACAUGUGUCUCCAUCCCAGACGUUAAGGCAGUGGUUAUGGUGCUGCCACCAAGUGAACCCAGAAUCACCAUUUCAGGAUCCAAGCAGCUCAUCAGACCUGCCAGUGACCUCCGCAGCCCGCUAGGUGUGGCACCCUUCAAGGAGCUUCGGAUCACCAGCACAGUGAUGAAGGGAGGCAGCUUUGGUGGAUUCCGUCGGCCAGGGUUGAUGGAGGUGAUGCAUAACCUGGACUACUGUGAUGUGCUUGUAAUUGGAGAUGAGCUGGAACCAGAUAGAGAGAGCCUGGAGAUUCACCACAAUGCUUUACUGGGAAAACACCUUGAUGCCACCAACUCAACCUCUGGGAUAUCAAUAUAUGGUGUGGACUCCAUGGCCCACUAUGAACAGGUUCUGAGACAGUUACGCUACAGAAACUGGAGACCUGCCUCUCUGACGGAGAGAAGGUUCAGACUUACCUGUUCUGAACUCAAUGGACGUUAUACCAGCAAUGAGUUCAAUCUGGAGGUCAGUGUUCUUCACCACACGGCGCCCAUGGAGCAUGUCAAUCACAUGGCUGCCCAGUCCCAGUACAUGAGACCCGUUCAUCACCCGCUAAUGAUCCACACUCUUAACUCACAUAUGUCAGGUCCAGCACCUCCUGCAGCCACAGUUGUCAUUGUGGUAUGUAUCGCCGCCCUGGUGAUCAUUGUGGUGAUCGGCAUUUACAGGAUCCACGCCACACAUCAGGAGGGGUCUAGAGAUGAUGAGGAUGAAAUCAAAGACCCAGAGUCAGAUUGGGAAAGCUCUGGACUCAACAUCACAGUCAAUCCCAUGGAGGACAUAAGAGGACCCCAGGCACUGGAAGAAGCUGCGAGAGGAGAAGAAUGUGAGGAGGAGGAUGAAGAUGACGAUGCUGAGCUGGUGGGAGGCAUGACAAUCCUUGAAUCAGACAGCAGCAAUGAAGAGGAAGAGGAGGAAAAUAAAGGAAGAGAAGAGGUUAAUGGGAGGAAGCAGAAUGAAAAAUCUGAGUGGGACAGUUCAUGUGUAACAUACUAACCACACAUACAAAAAUACUUCAACACACACGCAGUGGCUUUAUCUCUCUCAACCACACAUACACUCUCAGACAGCUACAGCACACACACACAAAUUCUCUGAUAAAAUAAAUUACAAUCUUUUGCUGGAAAAAUACACAGAAUCCUCCCAUGUUGCCGUUUUUAAAGAAAUAUCGCCCUCUGCUGGACAAAGUGAAACUUGCAAGCAUGUUGUUUAGUCAGCUGCAGUGCCACAGUGCUGGAAAUCAUUAUCCAAGUGUUUCUGUCAUUAUUCACACCACAGUCAGUGAGACAGAGCAUUUAUAAACACAUAAAAUAAGCACACAUGUCAUUUCAUCAUCAGAGUAUGUGUGCAGACAUGUCAAAUGUUCUUUGAAAAAACACAAAAAUAAUCUCUUGUCCCAACAUUUAGAGCAGUGCGUUGCUAAAGUAAUCACUCUCCCCGAACCUUUCCACACUUCCAAACGUUACAACCACAAACCGUAAUGUAUUUUGCUGGGUUUAUAUGUUAUAAGCCAACACAAAGUAGCAGAUAAUAUUAAAGUGGAAGGAAAAGUAUACACUGUAUACAUGUGUUUUUAAAGGAUUUUGAAUUAAAAUCUGAAAAGUGUGGUCUGAUCUUGCAGCAGUUUUCCUGAGUCAAUACUUUGUAAAACCACCUUUUCAAUGUAUUUACAGCUGCAAGAUUUUCCUCUACCAGCUAUGCAUAUAAAGAGACAGAAAUUGUUCUAAGUCUUCUGCCAAAAAAGCUUAAGUCAGAAUGGACAGAGAAAGUCAUUCAAUACAUUCUCAGUUUAAAUUAAGUCUGGACUUUGACUGGACCAUUCUAACAAAAGAAAAUGCUUUGGUUUAAAUAAUUCUACUGUAGCUGUGGUUGUAUGUUUAGGGUCAUUAUUCUGCAGGAAGAUAAACCUCCACUCCAUUCUCAAGCCUUUUACAGCCUCUAACUGGUUUUCCUGCCCUGUUUUAACCUCUAUCCAGCUUCCCAUCAACUGACCAGUUUCUCAGUCCUUGCUGAAGAACAGCACACCCAUAGCAUGAUGCUGUCUCCACUAAGUUCCCUAAAAGGAUGAUGUGUUCAGGCAGAUGUGCAAUGGUAGUUUUCCCUCACUGCAUUGCAUGUAUGCCAAAACAUUCAAUGCUGGUCUCAUCUGACCUUCUUUUACGUGUUUACUGUAUUAUCUAGAUAGCUUGUGUCAAAGUGAAAAUGGGACUUCUUUUGCUUCCAAAUAGAGCUGGGCAAAAUAGACCAAAGAAAUGUCACAAUAUUUGUUCUUGAUACCGAUCAAUUUUGACAAUUGCCACAAAUUGCAAAAAUUGCCAUAAACUCUGCACAUGUUUCCUUAAGCAAUGUGGAACAUUAUGGAUUACAAGUAAGCAAAAAAUACACUGUCAUCUCCUUUGGGAUUUGUCUGACCCACAUGCAAACCACACUCAGGAGAAAAAUAAAGUUGAGAAAAGGUUUAUUAGCGCAGCUCAGAAUUUAGUUCAAGGGUUCCUUGGUCAGGCAACCACAGGUAGGUACACAGGCUUCUUAGGUUUCACUGGAAAGAGAAACACGGGUUACUUUGGGAAGGUUCCUUCAAAAAUACAAAAAGCCAAAUUGGGCUUACUUGGUCUCAGAUUGUUUGCAGAGCCGGGAGGGCUUCUGAUGAGGUUGGGAGUCCAGUAGUCUAGGAGGUUUAGGAGCCAAGUCAACAGCCAAAAUUGCAGGAAAUCCAAAGUCUCAAACUGUCAGCAGGUAGUCCAGGUUUGAUUAAGUUCCGAAUAACACUAAUCUUCCCACACCUCACAGGUACUGGAAGGAAACAGGAAAAACAAGGCACUGGUUAGUAACUAGACACAGCGAGUAACAGGAAGCUACUCGGGCUUGGGGAUUACCACAUGAGCCAAACACUCAGGCAUCAAAGGACUGGCGGCUGGCUCCUAAGUACUCCUCCAAGGCAUCCACAAUUAGCCGUAGAUCAGGAACACCUGUAGUAGGAGUAUACUGCAGCUCGAGGAUGACCUCUGGUGGACCAGCACAGCAUGACACUCCCAAGCCCCAACAUUUUCUACACCAGCAAUAUAUUGAUAUUCAAAACCCAUUUACAAAAACCAAUGCCCGGCACUCCUUCCAUUAAAGUGAAAUUUGUGGCGUACACGACGUAUCCUCCAGCAUUAUUAUGGACCUCCUGGUUGCUUCUUUGAAUAUUGCUCUCCUCCAGCCUGUCAGAAUAGGUUGAUGUUCAUUUCUUGGUUGGUCUGUUGUUUUGUGUAUGGUUUACAUUUUUAGACAGAUGGCAGGUGGUUGCAGGGGCUUUUAUUUAUCUCCACAACUUUAUACUUUUCCUUCUACUUCACAUUUAUGCACUAGUUUGUAUUGGUUUAUCACAAAAUCCCCCUGAAAAUAUAUUAGUUUGUGGUUGUCACUGGACAAAAUAUUAAAAAGUUAAAUGGCUAUUAAUACUUGAGCAAAGCGCUGUACAGUUGUCCUCAAAUUACUUUUGUAUUUAUGUCCCAAGCAGACAGUCUGCAAAAAGAUGUAUCCAUACAUGUAUCCACAGGUUAAUAUAUGCAUAAACCUUUUAGAUAUAGAUUACUGGAUCUAAAUAUUCUGUACGGCGUAGCGAUGUUGUUGCUUAGUGUUUAUCAUCUCACACCUUCUUCUUCUCCAUAAGCAGCGCUGUGGUUCAGUGGCCUGCACAUUGAAGAGAAAAUGGGAUCGCUCACUAUAAACAUUCCUCAUUUGUUCUAUGUUGCAUACAAUUUACAUGCAAUGAUAGAUUAUGUAUUGCAGGUAUUCCUCCUUUGGCUAGAGUCUUUUAAAGCUAAAUUAAUCUACAUAUUUUACAUCCCAAAAGCUUUUCUCUCUUUAAUCAGAUGAUAGAAUGACACCGAGUUACUGUGUACAAUUUAAAUCUUCUAUGUGAAUUUUCUUUUUGUUAUUGAUCCUAAAGGGAGUCUUAAAUCAGCUACUGGCCCCUAGAUGUAAGGUAAAGAGAGCCAGAUUUAAAUAUCAUGAUUUCUUGUUGUGGUAUAAGCAAUAUGUGUGUCAAACUACAAAUUACACAAGACUUUCAGAUGGCACGAUCAUGGGUAUCAUCGUCAUCACCACCCACAAUAACUCUGCAGUAAGGUUGAACCCUAACCAGUAGCGAUAGAAGAGAUUUUGAUUUUAUUUUUUAAGUUGAUUGAAUUUAAAUGACAUAUGUAAAAGUAGCAUUUACUUCCUAAGUAAGUGAGUCAGGGUAUGAUCUUCAGUCAUGACUGAGAGGUAGUCAACCUUGGUCUCUCACCAUCUCCUCACUCACACCAUCAUACUUUCCUUCACGUCUCAUUUAUUUUCAGCCUACAGUGCCAAUCAGAUGUUUACAUCCACUCAGCAUGGGUACCAAUUUCAUAUUAGGUUUGGGCUUCAUUUAAAGCAGCUACGUUAUACCUGCUGACCUAAUAGUACAACACACACCCUUUUAUUAAUUUUAAAAACAAAACUGAGUGCACUUGUGGUGGCAAAAAGUUUAUUAAAUAACCAGAAUCAAGUGAGGAAACCCUUUAUGAGCUAUUUGUUAGCCUGUAUACAGGGAGGACACACACAGCAGCAUGCAUGUGCUCUGAUCCUUUCUCACACAGAUAUACCCUUAACCGUGUCGUAAAACAACAGAGGAUGAGUCUUUCACUCCUUUUUUCUCAGUUGCACCGGGAUCUCAUUAGGAUCAAGCUGUCCUAACCUUAAAAACAAAAAGGUCAAAAAAGAAAACCAGACCAUCAUUGCAGCGCUCCAUUAAAAUCACCAAUGUGUAACAGGCCAUAAAACAGUGAAAACAGCUACAUACACACACAUAGUUAAAUCAACCCCCUUCAAUCAUUGUUUAGAAAAUACCCACAAAUAUUAGCUGUGUAUAACAAUUUCCCAUUACACACUAUUUAGAAUUUCUUACUUUCUCUAAUCCACACAGGGGGAAAUAGAUCCAAGCUUAAAUAUGUAGAUGCACCCUGAUAAGUUGAAUAAAUGUCUCUUAGCAAAUUGAUAAACCACACAGGUGGUGUAGCCGGUAACAAGCUUCAAGCAUAAUUCUACCUGCCUCCAUGUUCGACCAGCCUUCAAAAAGAACAGCGUAAAUAAAUAAUGCCCAAAUUAAUUGGACAGGCCCAUAACGAGUGGAUGUAAACCACUGACCACGACUACAAACAUUCAAGUGUUUGUACUUUCCAUCCAGCCAUCAUUACAAUAACACUAUAUGCUUCACUGGUUCCCAGUCUUAUUCAGCAAGGAGUGCAGCUCUCACAUUUCUAAAAAUACUGAUUCUUGGUUAAAGGGGAUAGCUGAUGUUAAAAUCUUAAGACAGUUUAUGUCCUCAGAAAAGUGGCCAUAAUCUAUAUCUGUGUUACAAUGAUGGCCCAAUGAAAUCAACUUUUUAAAUGUACUUUUUGUUUAAAUAAAAGGCAACCACACAGAACACAUUAUGCAACAGUUUUCACUGACUGAGCAGCCCGGCUUGAUGACAGCAAACCCUUUUCUGUCGAAUCUGUGGGGCACCCCCUAUAAACUCCCACACUGAUCCGUCAGUAAAUGACUGUUUGUUGUUCUGCAGUUAUUAAUCUGCCUACAUCCCUGCAGCUACGAGGGAACCAGAGGCAUCCCUCCUUGAAAUCAACCUUACAGAUUAAAUGUCCGGUAUGUGGAGUUAACCCUAGACUACAGAUUGGUUUCCCUUCCUCACCUGUGAUGUAUGUACUCUCUAACAAACAUGUCCCGUGUCCACCUGUCCUUUAAGCACCUGUGAUUGUGGUGUCAUCGUUGUGAAACAGCUGCCCUGUUUUCUUUGUCAUAUUAUGCUUCUGAAACAUUAAGGAUAAAGAGGUUCUUUUACAUAUAAAAUGAAACCCUGUAAAAAUGUUUAAGACAAUUAUUUUAUAUAUAUAUGUUUCGUUUUCUUUUUGUAAACUAAAUAGCUGGGAUUUAUCUCUAUCUAGUGGUCAUCCCACUGCUUUCUGUAUAUUGACCAAUAAAGAAUUGUUUUAGACUCUA